AGCCGGAUCGAUCAACCCGGCGCGCGCGGGGUUGGACUAGAUGACCCUCGGGGAUCCCUUCGAACGGCGCGAUCCCAUCCCACCGGGAAAGCGCCGGAUCUAGCGAGACCCUGCGCGGCUGCGGAGACGCAGCCGAGUAGAUUCCCAGGCCGGGGGGUUUGAAGCAGCCGCCGCAGGAGGCGGAGCUGGAUCCGGAGGGGCCUGGUCGCCGGCCGCCCUCCGCCUCCUCCUCAGCCGCCGCCGCCGCGCCACACGCAGAAGGCAAGGGAGCCGCGAUGGACGCCGCCACCGCCGGCAGCAAGGAGCGGGAGGCCGCGCAUCUCCUGGCCGAGGCCGAGAAGAGGGUGAAGUCCUCGCACUCCUUCCUCAGGGGCCUCUUCGGAGGAAAUUCAAAGGUAGAAGAAGCAUGUGAAAUGUAUACCAGAGCUGCAAAUAUGUUCAAGAUAGCCAAAAACUGGAAUGCUGCAGGGAAUGCAUUUUGUCAGGCAGCUAAACUCCACAUGCAACUACAGAGUAAACAUGAUUCAGCAACCUGUUUUGUAGACGCAGGCAAUGCUUUCAAAAAGGCCGAUCCCCAAGAGGCUAUCAACUGCUUAAAUGCCGCCAUCGAUAUUUACACAGACAUGGGCCGAUUUACUAUUGCAGCCAAGCAUCACAUUACCAUUGCGGAGAUUUAUGAGUCUGAGCUCGUGGACAUUGAAAAGGCUAUUGCCCAUUAUGAACAGGCUGCAGAUUACUACAAAGGGGAAGAAUCCAACAGUUCUGCUAACAAAUGUCUGCUGAAGGUGGCUGGGUAUGCUGCUCAGUUAGAGCAAUAUCAGAAGGCAGUUGAACUCUUUGAACAGGUUGGAACAAGCACUAUGGAUAAUCCAUUACUCAAGCACAGUGCAAAAGAUUACUUCUUUAAAGCUGCCCUGUGUCACUUUAUAGUUGACGAGUUGAAUGCUAAGCUUGCUCUGGAGAAGUAUGAAGAAAUGUUCCCGGCCUUCUCAGAUUCAAGGGAGUGUAAACUAUUGAAAAAAUUACUGGAAGCUCACGAGGAACAAAACUGUGAAGCUUACACUGAAGCGGUUAAGGAGUUUGAUUCAAUAUCUCGCUUGGAUCAGUGGCUGACGACCAUGUUGCUUCGCAUUAAGAAAUCCAUUCAGGAAGACACUGACGGGGACCUCAAGUGAAUUGUCAGUACAAUUUGUGGCACGUGACAUGUCUGCUGAAGUAUACUGUGUUGUGGCCAAGGACCAUUAUGGGAUACUUGGAUCUAUGCUUCUAGCUUAACUGACUGGUGUCUUGUUUAGUACCCUGUUGUGGCUCGUUCGGUGUAACUAUGGACAUGAACUAUAUAUAUUUUCAAGCCCUCGUGUUUUUGUUUUCCUUCUAAAUGCGGCCUGAUCUAUGCAUAUUUACUUGCAAGUAAGACCCUCUGAGAUCAGCAUUCCCCGCAUCACUGUCCAUAGGAUUGCUGCCUUACAGUGCAAGGAAAUCUUUACUUAGAAGGAAGCCCCCUGUGUUCAAUUGGACUUUCUCUCUCGACUUAUUCAUUGUGUCUUAUAAAUCCAGUCUGUUGACAUGAAAUGCUAGCCAACCUGAAAUUUAGGCACACUUACUGUGAGUCUCCCUCCAAGAGUAUGGUUAUUUUUGGACAAAUGAGUUCAUCAACUAAAAUUUAUUUGGGCCC